AUGGUCAAUUGGACCUCUCUUGGCCUAGUGGCAGCCUCUGACCCUGGUUACGAUUGUCGACCUGGUCGAGAAUGCUGGCCGUCCACACACGAAUGGCAACAAUUCAACGCCAGUAUCGGUGGGCAUCUCUAUGAAACGAUUCCUAUAGCCGCUCCCUGCUAUAGAAACUCACCCUGGUAUGACGAGCUUGCCUGCAAAGUUGUCGAGAGCUACUACGGUGACAGUGUUGCUCGUGGAGAGCACUUCGGGCAAACCUAUUGGUUAAACUGGGAGACCUGUCGCGAUUCCGGCUGCACGCUUCUUGAGAGUAACCCGGAAGAGAAGAUGUAUGCGACAUGUUCUAUUGGGAGACUGGCAUCCUAUUAUGUCGAUGUUCGUGAACCAUCCCACAUCUCUGCUGCGCUCAAAUUUGCAAAGUCCCAUAACAUCCCCAUCAGUAUCAAGAAUACUGGUCAUGAUUUUUAUGGUCGAUCUUCAGUGCCAAAUACCCUUGCCAUCUGGACUCACCACCUCGAUACCCUCAACUUCUACUCCAAUUUCACCGCCAGCAAUUGUCCCUCGGCAAAUAGACAAAACGUUGGAGAACUUGGAGCCGGUGUCAUUGCAGGAGAUGCCUAUCGUUUCUUCAAUGGCCAUGGCAUGGAUAUUCCUGGAGGCUAUGAGCAGUCAGUUGGCUUGGCGGGGGGAUUCGGUCAAGGGGAGGCAUCGGAGGUAAGUGCCGACGAAGAGCUACGCGUUAUCAACGAAUGCAAUGAUCCAGAACUGUUUUGGGCUAUGCGUGGUGGAGGAGGCGGCACUUAUGCCAUCCUCACCAAGUAUCGCAUUCAAGUCUAUCCCUCGCUACCAAUUCAUACCUACACCUUUACCGCCAAUUUGACAGGUGUUGAUUAUAGCUCUGAUGCGACGAAAAAAUGGCAGAUUGAUCAUUUUCCAGAAAAAUUCACCGUCGGCCUGGUGCUAGUCUAUGGAGAUGAUGGCUCCAAGUUGAAGUCUGCCACUGCCUCAUUUGCCAAUUUCCUCAGCAACAGAACGGACCUUUCAGUUUCAGAAAACAACUACAAUUAUUACACCAAUUAUGCAAGCUAUCUAUCCGUCACUGCCGCCGAUGCCAAGGUCACUGAGCCAUCUGGCAUUUUCUCUCUGCUUAGCUCUCGGCUCAUUCCCCGCAAAGUUUUCACUGCCCCGGAAAGCAUUGAUGAGCUCGUGGAUGGUGUAUUGCAUGGUCUAGCGGUAUCUAGGAGUCUCCUCAAUCUGACAGGCACCCAGAUUGUCCCGGAGACUCCUGUCACCAACCUUGAUAGCAACCAAGCAUCAUCUGCCAAUCCAGCCUGGCGCGAUGCACUUUGGCAUGUAAUUCAUGUUGGAGAAUGGCUGGAGCCCUUGGAGGAAGAUGUGCUGCAGAAGACCGCAGUUGGAUUCCUGGCAUUGCUGGAACCCUUAAAGAAAUUGAGUCCGGGUGGCGGAGCGUACCUCAAUGAAGCGCACUACCUGGAGCCAGAUUCGCAGCAGACCUACUUCGGAUCUAAUUAUGCCAGACUUUUGGAGGUGAAGAAUAAGUAUGACUCUACUCAUAUCUUUGAUUGUUACAAAUGUGUUGGUUGGAGGGGUGAAGAAGAUCCAUUCUACUCCUGUUACGAAUGA